GACCCGACAACUAAUUUUUUCGGUAACAAAUUAACAUCAUCAUCUAGUAUAAGUAAAGAAGAUAAUGGUAUAGUUGGAAAAUAUUUAAAGACUUCUAUACCAAAAAAACGCGAACUUGAUCAUGAAGAGGAUUCGAAUGAAGAGCAGUUUUUAGAUUCAGUUCCAAAAAAGCCAAAACCUACUGGUUAUAACUUUGAUUUUAGUAAAUGGUAA